CCGCUGCGGUCACACUGGCCGGCAAGUGACGUGGAACGCUUUUUUUGCUGUGCAAUGAUAGAGCGUGGAAGGCAUUAAUUCGUAUUGCUGGAUCGGUAGCUAAAAUGUUGGACUUUGUGGUGAUAUUCACGAAGGGCGGCGUCGUUCUGUGGAACUCUAACGCGUCUGGAAGCAGCUUCGCCUCCUGCAUCAACAGCCUGAUACGUGGCGUCAUCCUGGAGGAACGUAACACGGAGGCCAAGUACUUCGAGGAGGACCACCUGGCCGUGCAGUUCAAGCUGGACAAUGAGCUGGAUUUGGUCUAUGCGGCUGUCUUCCAGAAGGUGAUCAAGCUGAGCUAUUUGGAUGGCUUCUUGACGGAGAUGCAGCUGGCCUUCAAGGAGAAAUUCGGCAGCAUUCCGUCCGCGGAGCGUCUGAGCGAGGAGUAUGACUUUGAUCGUGAGUACCGACGAGUUCUGAGCGCCGCUGAGCAGGAGUCCGCCAAGCAGGUGAAGGCCCCGAAGACCAUGCGCUCUUUUAACGAGUCGCAGAAGUCCAAAAAGACCGUCGCCUCAAUGCUGCAGGACGACAAGAAGCCCGUCGAGAAGCGUGUCAAUAUCCAGGAGAGUCCGCCAGCGCCGUCUUCGGCGUCUCCGUCGUCGUCGCCGCGUUCCAAGGACGACAUAAUAGCGGAGAGUCGUCGCAAGAUGCGCGAGAAACUUGGGAGCUCCAAGAAGACCUCGCCUGUCGAUAUCAAGCCCACCAAGGCGGCUGCCUCCGAGAAGGCGGGCAAGAAGCCGCGCGUCUGGGAUCUGGGUGGCAGCUCCAAGGACGCCGUGUUGCUGGAUCGCUCCAAGGAUGCGCCCGAGGAUGUACAGUACCAGAAUAUCAACAGUGACCUGGUGGGUACGAUGCAGGGCGUAAUCCCCGAUUUGGAUGUGGAGAGCGAGGACGAAGCGGACUACCAGGCAGAGUCCAGUGGCGACGAGGAGGCUGAGCAGUUGGUGCAGUCAAAGACAAACAAACGCAGCGGCGGUGGUCUGCUGUCCUACUUCAAAGGCAUCGUCGGUGCCAAGACCAUGACGCUGGCUGACCUGCAGCCGGCGCUGGAGAAGAUGCGAGACCAUUUGAUAUCGAAGAACGUGGCCUCCGAGAUUGCGGUUAAGCUCUGCGACUCAGUGGCCACCAGUUUGGAGGGCAAACAGAUGGGCACCUUCGACAGCAUUGCAAGCCAGGUGAAGGAGGCGCUUACACAGUCGCUGGUACGGAUUCUCUCUCCGAAGCGUCGCAUCGACAUUAUACGCGACGCCCUGGAGUCGAAGCGCAAUGGCCGUCCCUACACCAUUAUCUUCUGCGGCGUAAAUGGCGUCGGCAAGUCAACCAACCUGGCGAAGAUCUGCUUCUGGCUGAUCGAGAACGAUUUCAAUGUCCUCAUCGCCGCCUGCGAUACGUUCCGAGCCGGUGCCGUUGAGCAGCUCCGCACCCAUACCCGCCAUUUGAACGCCCUGCAUCCGGCGGCCAAGCAUGACGGCCGCACCAUGGUGCAGCUGUACGAGAAGGGCUAUGGCAAGGAUGCCGCUGGCAUUGCCAUGGAGGCCAUCAAGUUCGCUAACGAUACGCGCGUGGAUGUAGUGCUCGUGGACACCGCUGGCCGCAUGCAAGACAACGAGCCCCUAAUGCGUUCGCUGUCCAAGCUCAUCAAAGUGAACAACCCCGAUCUGGUGCUCUUCGUGGGCGAGGCACUGGUGGGCAACGAAGCCGUCGACCAGCUGGUCAAGUUCAAUCAGUCGCUGGCCGACUUCUCCUCCAACGAAAACCCGCACAUCAUCGACGGCAUCGUGCUGACCAAGUUCGACACCAUCGACGACAAGGUGGGUGCCGCCAUCUCCAUGACCUACAUCACUGGCCAGCCGAUCGUGUUCGUUGGCACCGGGCAGACGUAUGCCGACCUCAAGGCCAUCAACGUGAACGCCGUGGUCAACUCGCUGAUGAAGUAGCUGGAUUCCUAUGCUAAUUCUCCUUGUUUUUUUUUCUACAUCUCCGUUCGACACCGAAUCAAAUAUAUUGCUUUUGUCUAUUUUGUUUGUUGGAUA